AUGCCUGUCCCACCAAAGUCGUCUCUAGUCCUUGUAACUGGCGCGAACGGCUACAUUGCCAGUUGGGUCACCCUGUACCUGUUGCAGCAAGGGUACUCGGUCCGCGGCACGACUCGCAAUGACGCCAAGGGCCAGUGGAUGAAGGAAAUGUACAAGGACAGGGGACUGGACAACUUUGACUACGUCGUAGUGGCCGAUCUGGAGAAUGACAAUGCUUUCGACGAGGCCGUCAAAGGUGUCGAUGCCAUCAUCCACACGGCUUCACCGUUCCAUUGGAAUAUCACCAAGCCCGACGAUCUUAUCAAGCCAGCGGUUGCAGGCACUGUCUCCGCUCUCAAGGCGGCUUCAAAGGAACCAAAAGUCCAGCGUGUGGUCAUCACCAGUUCUUAUGCUUCCAUUCUCGAAAACCGCGACCCCCCAGGGAGUGCCACCUUCAACGAGGACGACUGGAACGAGCAGUCGAUCCGAGAAGUCGACGAGAAAGGACUGGAUGCGCUUCGGACCCACUGGUACCGGGCCAGCAAGACCCUCGCCGAGCGCGCCGCCUGGGACUACGUCAAGAAGGAAACGCCAUCGUUCGACGUCGUGACAAUCUGCCCGCCAUACGUUCUCGGUCCCAUCAUCCACGAAGCUGCGUCUCCCGAGACGCUCAACACCUCUGUGGGAGACUGGUACAAGUACCUGACCGGUGAAAAGACGACCGCGGAUGCUACAGCACCAGCUGGAGUGUUGUGUGAUGUGCGGGAUGUCGCCGACGUCCAUGUCAAGGCACUACUACAGCCCGAGGCGGCGGGCAAGCGGUUCGGCAUUGCGACUAGGACCUUUACUCAUCAGAUUCUUCUCGACCACGUCAAUGCGGACCCCAAGCUCGCCCAAGCGUUUCCCCAUGCGGUCCGAGGCGUCCCUGGACAAGCUGUCCCACCCAUUAACAUAUAUGACACCUCGCGAUCUCACAAGGCAUUGGGCAUCGAACCCCGUGACGAGGGUAAGACCGCGGUUGACAUGACAGAGAGUCUGCGAGAGCGCAAGGUCAAGUGGGACGCCGCCGCUGGACAGUAGAUGCACAUGUGCUUCCAUAUAA